AUGACUUUCACUCGUGAGGGUUUCCAGUGGACCCCUACAACUGGUCUUCAACAGGGUUUACCUUGUGAAGCUGUCAUUCAGCCACCAGAGAUAAUCGAAAAGCCUCGUCAAGUCUUUGAUGUGUUAAUCAUUGGGGCGGGAUAUACAGGUCUUACCGCUGCAAGAGAUCUCACUACUGCGGGCUUUAAAACUCUGAUGCUGGAAAGCCGAGAUCGGGUUGGUGGCAGAACAUGGACAUCACACGUUGAUGGUUACCCAUUUGAGAUGGGUGGAACAUGGGUUCAUUGGUUUCAACCACAUGUAUAUCGUGAGUUGUCACGUUAUGGCAUGAAAUCAGAACUGGUGCACUGCCCGGAUUAUUCUAAGAAAAAGAACCACUUUACAUUCGUCACGAAGCAUGGCCGUAGAGACAUGAGCCACGAGGAAGAGCAAGAGCUCACGGCUAGAGCACUCGGCAAGUUUGUGGAUAUAGAUGGAAAUCGUGGGAAGACUGUGAUGCCAUUCCCAUUCAACUCAGGCUGGAACAAGGUCAUUCUCAAGUUCGCACACAUGUCCGUGGCUGACCGUGUGGAGCAAAUCAAACAUCAGCUCUCAGAAGAGGAGCGCCAUGCAAUCGAAGCCGUCGUUUUGGUAUGCAGCGGCGGCACGCGAGAGAAUUCUGCAUUUUUGGACUUCCUCCGCUGGUGGGCAGCCAGCAAUCAUGACUAUGAAACUUUCAUGGACUCAGUCAUGGUAUUCAAACUCAAAUGCGGGCAAUCAGCGUUUGCGUUGAAAUUCUUGCAUGAAUCUUUGCAAACAGGGAACCUGUCGUAUUCCUUCAAUACUGUUGUGUCUCAUGUAGACUCAUCAGGUGACAGUGCAGAGGUGCGCACCAACGAUGGGCGACAGUUUUUCGCCAAACGGAUCAUAAGCACAAUUCCGCUAAAUGUACUAACUAAAGUUCAUUUUAACCCACCGCUUGAUCCUUCGAAGGUGGAAGCUUCCACACUCAAACAUGUCAACCAAUGUGUGAAAGUGCACGCUGAGGUUAAGGACCCUGAAAUGCGGUCUUGGAGUGGCAUCACGUAUCCUAACAAUAAGCUUUUGCUUGGUGCAGGUGAUGGCACUACUCCCUCAGGGAACACGCAUAUUGUGUUCUUCGGCUGUGAGCAGAAUCACUUGCAGCCUGACGAAAAUGUCGAAGAAACUCUGCAAGCUAUCAAGGAGUUUACUCCUAUGGAUGUAGAGAGAUUAGUGUUCCAUAAUUGGUCCAAAGAUGAGUUUGCUGAAGGAGCAUGGGUUUGGUAUCGCCCGGGUAUGGAGGUCAAGUAUCUUGACGCAUUGAGAAGGCGACAAGGGGGGGUAUUGUUUGCAAACUCUGACUGGGCGGAAGGAGGAUGGCGUAGUUUUAUCGACGGAGCUAUUCAGUCAGGUACAGAAGCAGCUCUGAUUAUCAAAGAUGAGCUGCAGCCAAAGAAGCUAAACAGUAGGAUCUGA